CAACAACAGAGGCACGGUACAAUAUAAAAUAAAAUGGCCAUCGCGCAGAGUUCGAAAAGACGACGAUUAAGUCCUCCCGACAGUGAAAUCGUGAAACCUUCUCGUUCCUACGCCAACGAAGAAUGGGAUGCCGAGCAAGACUACGAGCUCCGCCCGCGCAAAUUGGGAAAGAAAGAAAAGGAGCAGACCAGGUUGCCAAUUAAGACAGAUGAAGGUCUGCAGAGAGUAGAGGAACCAGUGCAGGAGCCUGAGGAUUCCGAUAGUUUUCUUGGGACCGACGAUGACGAGGGUGAGGAUGGAGAAGGUCAAUGGGACGGCAUGAGCGAGGACGAAGAGGAGGAGAAAGAGGAGGUUCCAAAGAUACCGUUGAAGGUGCAGAUUAUACAAGCUAAAGAGGAGCUUGCGAAGCUCGCGACUCUGAUCAACGAAGACCCCGACGAACACAUUGGCUCAUUCAAAGUCAUGGCCGAAAUGGUGGAGAAGGGAUCGCACGUUACAAUCAAGAAGCUCGCGCUCGCGGCGCAGGUCGCGGUCUUCAAAGACGUGAUUCCUGGCUACAGAAUUCGCGCGCUUCUUGAAGAUGACAACUCCACCAAGCUGUCGAAGGAAGUGCGCAAAAUUCGAAAAUUCGAGCAGACCCUUCUCAACGCAUACAAGCAUUUCGUGCAGACGCUGCAGGAACUUACGAAGCCAACGAAGAAAGACCAGGAAGCGGUGGAUCCUACCUUGAAGAGUGUUGCGCUUAAUUGCACAUGCAAUUUGUUACUCGCAGUGCCGCACUUCAACUACCGUAACGAGUUGUUGAAGAUCAUUGUCAACCGUCUCGCGAAGAGACAGAUUGACGCGGAUUUCGACAAGUGCCGCGAGACUAUGGAGGAUGUUUUCCACAAGGACGAAGACGGUGUUGUCUCUCUUGAGGCUGUCCGUCUUCUGUCGAAGAUGAUGAGAGCCAAGGAAUACCGCAUUCACGAUACCGUCCUAGACACCUUCCUCCACCUGCGUCUCCUCUCCGAAUUUUCCUCCAAGGCCUCCAGAGACAGAGUUGACAGACCCGAAGACGACGCCCCGCAAGGGAAGAAGAAACACAAGAAGGAAUUCCGCACAAAGCGCGAACGCAAGGUUGAAAAAGAACGCAAGGCUGUGGAGAAAGACAUGAAGGAAGCCGACGCACUUGUCUCGCACGAAGCCCGCGAAAAGAACCAAGCAGAGACCCUCAAACUAGUCUUUGGUAACUACUUCCGCAUCCUCAAACUCCGCAUCCCCUCCCUCAUGGGCCCUGUCCUUGAAGGUCUCGCCAAAUACGCCCACCUGAUCAACCAAGACUUCUUUGGCGACCUCCUCGAAGCCCUAAAGGACCUAAUCGGCCACGCUGAUCGCUCCGAAGACGAGGACCUCGAAAACGAACAAGAACAAGAGAAUCCAGAAGAAACCCCCUCAAAAACCCGCGACUCCUACCGCGAAGCCCUCCUCUGUAUUGUAACGGCCUUCGCCCUCCUUUCCGGCCAAGACGCCAGUAAAGCCGCCGCAACCCUGCACCUCGACCUAAGCUUCUUCAUCAAACACCUCUACCGCUCCCUCUACACCUACUCCACAAACCCUGACAUCGAAUACAAUCCCACCAAAUCCCUGCGUCUCCCCGACCCCGACUCCCGCGAAGCAACCAACCAAAACGACUCCCACCGCCGCUCGAAAAAUAAAGUCAACUUCCAAACCCCCACUGUCCUCCUCCUCCGCUGUCUCCAAUCAACCCUUAUCUCCCGCGCCCACGGCAAUCCCCCGCCAAACCGCCUGGCUGGUUUCACGAAGAGACUCAUGACGACUUCGCUGCAGGUCCCUGAGAAAUCGGCCAUCGCGACACUCGCGCUGCUGAGUCAGGUGGCUAGGCAUAACGCGCGGAGGGUGUCGGCGCUGUGGCAUAGUGAGGAAAGGAAGGGAGAUGGGGUGUUUAAUGCGUUUGCGACGGAUAUUGAGGCAACGAAUGUUUUUGCGGGGAAUAUUUGGGAGGGGGAGUUGUUGAGGCUACAUUAUUGCCCGCAGGUUAGGGAGGCGGUUGUGGAGAUUGAAAAGAUGGUUAUGCAGAAGUAGUGUAUAUGUUUACUUUGAAUUCAUGUUAAUAUUGCCUAUUAU